AUGGCGGCGCUGCCCGUAACCAAGAUGGCGGUGGGGGCGAGGCCACGUGGGCAGGACGUUGGGCGGCGCGGGGGAGUGACGUCACGCGGGCAGGAGGGCGAUGCUGGCGGCGGAGGUGGCGGGGAGCGCGCGAGCGCUCGUGAAGCGGGCGGGGCCGCGCGCCAUGACAUACUGGGGAGGAUCAGGCCCAUGCAGGGGCCAGGGGCCUCGUGAUGGCCCGUCAGAGCCUUGUUGACACUUGUCACGCAGGUGGCCGGCCUGGGAAACUAUGGGUUGUGGGGCACACGGCACAGUGUGGGCAUGGAGGUGCUGGAUCGGCUGGCCCGGCAGCUGGCGGUGGCCGAGGGCUGGCGAGUGGACAAGCGAUGCUGUGCUGAUGUGACCCUGGCCACAGCCCACGGCCUGGAGCUGGUGCUGCUCAAGCCACGGCGGUUCAUGAACCUCAAUGGGCUCAGCGUCGCCAGUGCUGCUGAGAUCUACAGCCUUGGCCCUGGAGACAUUUACCUGGUUCAUGAUGACCUGGACAAGGCCCUGGGCAAGGUGGCAAUCAAGCUGGGAGGCAGUGCAAGGGGACACAACGGGGUCCAAUCCUGCAUCAGUGCUUUGCACUCCAAUGAGAUGACCCGGCUCAGGAUCGGCAUCGGGCGGCCAGAGGGUGAUGUGACAGUGCCCAACUACGUCCUGUCUCCGUUCAGUGCUGGGGAGCGGGAGAAGCUGGAGCACAUCCUGGCCCAGGCAGUGACCUGCCUGCUGGAGCACAUCCAGAGCCGCGCACCUACAGAGCCUGGGGACAGGGGCUGACACAAAACCCCGGAGAUCCUUGUGGCUGAUGGAAAGGUGGUACGGGCUCUCCAGAGUGACCAUGGUGCAGAGCAGAGCUGGCCCAGCCUGG